AUGUCUCCUCCAGCUCGUGAGGUUGGAGACGGAGAGCAAGUCCUUACAGAUGAGAAAGACACUUUUGACAUUAAUGAGAACAGGGAAGUAUCCACACCGACACUCAAGCUCGACAAGCAUGGCCUUCCUCUAGUCCCCCAGCCUUCAGACCGUAAAGACGACCCCUUGAAUUGGUCUCCUGCGUUGAAAUUCUCCGUUCUCCUGCAGGUCUCACUCCUUGCCAUGUUAGGACCAAUGUCCGCGGCUGUCAUCAACCCUGCUUUCGUCCCCUUGGGGCGAGCCUUCGGAAACACACCCGUCGAAGCAUCUUAUGAGCUGACGAUAUAUAUACUUUUUGGAGGUGUGGGACCACUUCUUGUCGUGCCCUUUGCCAACAUUUACGGAAGACGCCCGAUCUACCUGGCGGGCAACCUCUUAGCCGCAAUCUCGAACCUUGUGGCGGGACAUUGCUCUACAUGGAGCGGCCUUCUUGCCACCAGAGCCUUCUCGGGCCUUGGGGCCGGCAGCACUGUAGCCAUAGGUGCCGCAACGAUCUGUGACCUAUAUUUCCUCCACCAGAGGGGCUUCUUCAUGGGCAUUUUCGCCGUAUUCAUGAACAACGGACCACACUUCGCGCCGUUAAUUGGUGGUUUCACGGCUCAGAACUUGGGCUGGAGAUAUUGCUUCACCAUACCAUCCUACGUCCAAUUCGCCUUCUUCGCCAUCAAUCUGUUCUGCCUGCCAGAGACAAUUUACUCCCGUCAGACGGAAGCCACACCUGCUGAAUACCGAGAAAGCUCCUACGUGGACCGCCUUCUGUUCCGGCCAAAACAUUUGCCCGACCGCAGGCUCGGUCUAAUCGACUUCACUCGACCAUUCAUGAUGCUGAAAUACAUAUGCGUCCUCUUCCCGGUCUUGUAUUACAUGAUAGCCUUCUCAUUUGGAGGCAUCCUCUUUGCUACCUCGGGAGCGUAUGUGUUCCGGACACUUUAUGAUUUCAACCUUAUUCAGACAGGUCUCAUCCUCAGCAUCCCAACGUUAAUCGGCUGCCUCAUUGGUGAGGCAAAUGCGGGGUGGUUCAUCGACUUCUUGAUCUACAGACACUCCCUGCGCCACGAUGGCCGUCGGCCACCGGAACCGCGGCUCGAUGCUCUUUGGCUGGCCUUGCUGGUGCCCAUUGGGACCAUCAUUCAGGGUGUGUGUAUCAGCCAUUCGAAAACAACAAGUUGGGUCGGCAACGCCUUUGGGAUGGGAAUUGCAAACUGCGGAUUGCAAGUUGCCACAACGGUGGCUUACUCUUACUCGACCGACUGCUACAAAGCCCAAAGUGCAGAGAUAUCGACGCUUCUAAAUCUUUUCCGGCACAUAUUCAGCCCCUUCCUCUCGUUUUACGUGAUCCCACUCGGGGAGAAGAUAGGGUUUCAGUACGCUUGGCUAGUCUUUGCUCUCUUGACUGUGGUCUUCAUCCUGCCGAUGGGGGUUUUGAGACUCUACGGGGAGAGAAUCCGUGCCACCAGCUGGCAGAUACCACCAACCUUUCACAAGGAUCUGUAG